AGUCUACAACAUGUCAUGGCGGAAGGCAGUUUAUUCAAAUAGUUUGUCGCCGUCGGUUUAACAGCCACACACACUCCACCCUUAAUACAAAAGUAUUUUUAACACUUUCCGUUGGCCACUUAAGAGCCAACUUCCUUUAAUUAACGGACUUUAACGUAAAGGCGUCGUUUUGCUGAAAUUCGUAGCAGUUUACAGUGUCGCUUAACUAAAGGAUUUAACACUAUAUUCAGCAACAACAACAAAAAAUAUGUUUCGUUUUGUCGUAUUAACCACCCUAAUUGCAGUCGCUGCUAGCCAGGGCUAUCAUCAAGAUCCCAAAACUGCUGCCAUUAUCAGCGAACAACGUUAUCUAUCUGGAGAUGGUAAAUUUGGUGCUGCCUACACACAGGAAGAUGGCAUAAACUUUAAAGAAGAAACUGAUUCGGAUGGUACCCGUCACGGUAGUUACAGUUAUGUAGAUCCCACUGGCCAAAGACGUACCAUCUCUUAUACGGCUGGCAAAAAUGGAUUCCAAGCUUCUGGUGACCAUUUGCCUGUAGCUCCUCCAGCACCACCACAACCCGUUCCCCAACCUGGCUAUGCUCCUCAACCUCAAUAUCAACCACAGCCUGCCCCUGGCCCAUCUUUCCGCAGCAAUGACUACGGCGACGAUGGCUCUUAUGAUCCCCGCUAUAAUGAUCCAGGUUUCGGUCAAAACAGUCAAUCCUACAACCAACCCCAAUAUCGUCCUCAGCCACCACCUCAACCCGCCUACAACCCUCCAGCUCCAGCUUACAAUCCACCUGCUCCCCAAUACAACCCAGCUCCACAACCACAAUAUAAUCCUCAGCCCCAAUACAAUCAACAACCCCAAUACACCACUCCCAAUCCUCACCGUUUCUCACCACCCGGUAAACUCUCUCUGAAUCGUACUCCUGAUGGUUUCACCUAUAGCUUUAACAAAGUACGUUAAGUUGUAGUUGUUAAAAGAGAGUGAUAGAUUGAGUUUAAUUUAAAGUUUAAUAUUUUUUGUAAAUGUAAUUUAAAAUUUCCCUCCUAAACUUUUUUUAUUAAAAUAAGAGACUUUUUAUAAUUAUUUUUUUGUAAUUUCCUUCUCUUUCUUCCUCUCGUUCUCCAUCUGUCUCACGGUUUCCUCUGUUAACCAACACUGCCUUUUUAUAUAACUCUUGCAUUUCCGUUUUAAAUAAAACAACAUGAUCGCGAUCUAUAAUAACAUCUCUUUGCCCUUUGUCUCUCUAUCCAUUUGCCACUUUCAUAUCCUGUUCCCUAAAUCAUCCUCUUUUUAGAAUAUUUUCAUUUCCUUCUCUAGAAACUUUCUUGAUCUUGUGAUAUCGAAAAAUUGUUGCAACAAUUCUUUUUCAGGUUUAAUUUUCCUUUUAUUAUUUUUUUGUUUUUUAUAAGUUUAAAAUAACUUUUCCUAAAUACUGUUACAUAAAUGUCUCUAAAUAUUUUUGUAAUAUUUUUAAAAUAAAAACUAAGUGUGUGUGCUAAAGAAAAUAAAUAUGUACAUUUUUUUUAAAUACAGAAAAGUUAAACAUUUUAAUAAAAAAAAUACGAAAAAUAAAAA